AUGGAGAAAUCCUACAUUCGUUCCGUUGCGGACGUCCUUAAGCAUUUCAAUGUUACUGAAGCCGGUGGACUUUCACCUUCUCAGGUCUCUGAAUCGCGAAAGCGCUAUGGAAGCAACUCACUCCCAGAAGACCCUCCCACUCCAUUAUGGCAACUCAUACUUGAACAAUUCAAAGACCAGUUGGUUCUGAUACUACUGGGCUCUGCUGCGAUUUCGUUUGUUCUCGCUCUGUUCGAGGAGUCGGACGACUGGACUGCGUUUGUGGACCCUGUGGUGAUCUUGACCAUCCUUAUCCUCAACGCCGUUGUUGGUGUGACCCAAGAGAGCAGUGCUGAAAAGGCCAUUGCGGCUCUCCAAGAGUACUCCGCCAACGAAGCCAAGGUGGUGCGAGAUGGGAAGGUUCAGAAGAUCAAGGCCGAAGACCUGGUUCCAGGUGACAUUGUUACAGUCGCCAUCGGUGAUCGCAUUCCGGCCGACUGUCGCUUGAUUUCAAUCCAAAGUAACAAUUUUGCGGUCGAUCAGGCCAUCUUGACUGGAGAAAGCGAGAGUGUCAACAAAGAGAUAAAGGAAAUCAAAGAUGAGCAGGCUGUCAAGCAGGAUCAGAUCAACAUCCUCUUCUCCGGAACCACGGUAGUUACUGGACAUGCGGUGGCAGUUGUCGCUCUUACCGGAACUUCUACUGCCAUUGGCGAUAUUCAUGACAGCAUCACUUCUCAGAUUUCCGAACCAACACCACUGAAGGAGAAGUUGAACGAGUUUGGAGACACUCUUGCAAAGGUCAUUACUGUCAUAUGCAUUUUGGUCUGGCUUAUCAACAUUCAGCACUUCAACGAUCCGUCACAUGGAGGAAGCUGGGUCAAGGGAGCCAUUUAUUAUCUCAAAAUCGCAGUCUCCCUAGGAGUGGCAGCCAUUCCAGAAGGCCUGGCUGUGGUUAUCACAACAUGCCUUGCCCUUGGAACCAGGAAAAUGGCAGCCAAGAACGCUAUUGUGCGAAGUCUACCAUCCGUCGAAACUCUGGGAAGUUGCAGUGUCAUCUGCUCCGACAAGACUGGCACACUCACAACCAAUCAGAUGAGCGUGGAGAAAAUCGUCUACCUCAACGAGGCGGGCAAUGAUCUUGAAGAGAUUCAAGUCGAAGGCUCCACGUUUGCACCCACUGGUGACCUGUUGCAAAACGAAAAGGUGUUGGAAAAUCCCGCCGUUGUUUCCAAGACAUUGAAACAAAUGUCAGAGGUACUAGCUCUUUGCAACGAAUCUCAUCUAGCCUUCGAUCCCAAGAAUCACACUUUCUCCAGCAUUGGCGAGCCCACCGAAGGCGCUCUUCGCGUGCUGGUUGAGAAAAUAGGGACUGACGAUAUCGCAACCAACAACAAACGUACAGGACUCGCUCUUGGAGAACGAAUUCACUAUGCAAGUAAAUACUACGAGGAAAAACUACCUCUGCAAGCCAUGUAUGAAUUCUCAAGAGACCGGAAAAGCAUGUCGGUCUUGGUCGGGACCGGCACGGCGCAGAAAUUAUUGGUCAAAGGUGCCCCUGAAUCCAUCCUAGAUCGAUGUUCGCACGUGAUCCUGGGAGCACAAGGUAAAAGGGUACCCAUCACGAAGAAACAUCUCGCCCAGAUUUCCGAGGAAGUGGUUGAAUAUGGCCGACGCGGUCUUCGAGUCCUCGCCCUUGCCAGCGUCGAAAAUGUCAGCGGAAAUAAGAAUUUGCACACGGCAAAGACGACCAAGGCCUAUUUGCAGUUGGAACAGAAUAUGACUCUCAUUGGUCUUGUCGGCAUGCUUGAUCCCCCUCGUCCAGAGGUGGCAGCUUCAAUCCGCAAAUGCAAAGACGCUGGUAUCAGAGUCAUCGUGAUCACCGGAGACAACCAAAACACGGCUGAAACCAUCUGUAAGCAGAUCGGUGUCUUCCAACCGGGCGAGGAUCUGACCGGCAAGUCGUUCACCGGGCGCCAAUUCGAUGCAUUCAGCGAGAGCGAGAAGGUCGAAGCGGCAAAGAACGCCUCUCUCUUCUCUCGUGUGGAACCCUCUCACAAAUCCAAACUGGUCGAUCUCCUCCAAGCCAGCGGUGAAGUCGUCGCCAUGACUGGAGACGGGGUCAACGACGCACCCGCGCUCAAGAAAUCCGACAUUGGAGUCGCCAUGGGCACUGGUACCGACGUGGCUAAACUCGCCGCCGAUAUGGUCCUGGCCGAUGACAACUUCGCCACCAUCGAACUUGCUAUCGAAGAAGGCCGCACCAUCUACAGCAACACCCAACAGUUCAUCCGAUACCUGAUCUCGUCCAACAUCGGCGAGGUCGUCUCCAUCUUCCUCACCGCUGCACUCGGCCUGCCCGAGGCCCUCAUCCCCGUCCAACUCCUCUGGGUCAAUCUCGUCACCGACGGUCUCCCCGCCACCGCCCUCUCCUUCAACCCGGCCGACAACAACGUCAUGCGACAGACGCCACGCAAACGCGACGAGCCACUGGUCUCGGGCUGGCUCUUCUUCCGCUACAUGGUGAUCGGCACGUACGUCGGCGCAGCGACCGUCUACGGCUACGUAUGGUGGUUCAUGACCUACACGGGCGGCCCGCAAAUCAGCUUCACGCAACUGCGCAACUUCCACAAAUGCUCACUGACCAACCCGCUGUUCCUGACGACCGACUGCAGCAUCUUCCACGCCAGCUCGAUCAGCACGCGCACCGCGUCGACCAUGUCGCUGUCGAUCCUCGUGGUGAUCGAGAUGUUCAACGCGAUGAACGCGCUCAGCUCGUCCGAGUCGCUGCUGUCCAUGCCGCUGUGGAAGAACAUGAAGCUCAUCUAUGCCAUUUGCCUGUCCAUGGCCCUGCACUUCGCCAUCCUGUACACGCCCAUCCUGCAGACCCUGUUCAGCAUUGAGCCGUUGAAUGCCAAGGAGUGGAUCGCCGUCAUCUACAUUUCCGCCCCCGUCAUCUUCCUCGACGAGAUCCUGAAGUGCGUCGAGCGCAUCGCCUUCUUGAGUAAAGCCGCUCCUAGAGAUGCGGUUACGUCCUCGUCGUCGUUGUCGUCCAAGGGCGAAGGAAACGGACACGUCGCGAAUGGGAAGGUCAAGGCCAACUGA